AGAAAUCGAAAAAGCUUGUCGCGAGAAAGUGUUUUGAAAUAAAUUUUAUUAAACAUAUUUGUUGGGGAUUUUAACUCGUAAAUGGAUGAGACGAUGAGAAGCACAACAAUAUCGUCUGUCGGUGUGAAUUAUUUUAAAGAAAUGACAACGCCGAUUACUUCUUUUUUUCUAUUCACCGGCAAUCUAAACGUCGCCAACAUCUAUACUAAAUCUUCAUACCUGACAAACCCGAAAAUACGAAAGGUUUUUUAAGCAUCUAAGAGUUGGAUAAUAUUUCAUGAUUCUAUUAAUUUCACACCGCAAUGUCAUUUCGACUGCACGUCAACACACAUACAUGAUGCUAGCUGGUAGACUUAGAUACAGGUUUGAGAAGGAAAAACAAAAGAGAUGCGAAGUUAGUAAGAACAGACACCAGACUCCAAACCAGAAGAAACAAUUUUUCAUUCAUUAAUUCUUCAUCUCAUCAGUACCAUCGUCCGACCUUCGUUUUUUAAGAGGUAAAUUAUUGAAGAAACUAUCAUAUGAAGAUGAUUAAAAUUUUGAAGAUGUUCCGUGAAUGUAACAUUGACUAUUACAUUCUUCUAAUAAAUAUUUUCAAUGCACCUACUUGGAAUUUGAAUUUUUACAUAGAUGUAUUUAACGAAAUAGAUAAUAUGUAUAUUAAAUAAAUAUUAAAUAUUGACCGUCGUUGAAAG